AUGUCUACGUCCACGAUUCCAUCUCCUCCGCAGACUCAGGCUCUGUCAAGCCGCACCUUCUGUCCGCCUCCCAUCGAUGGAUCAAUGACGUUGCCAGAGAUAUUCGACUGGCACCUUGCAAACACACCCGACCAUCGUCUUUUUGUCUUUUCCAAAGACGACGGCGGUAUUAGGACCAUCUAUUGGCCUGAAGCUGUACGUGCUAUCCACGUGGGUGCAAGAGUCGUCAGGAAGCGUAUGAAUUGGACACCUGGGAUGAAAGAAAAUCCAGUUGUAGCCAUUCUUGCGCCAUCAGAUACUAUCCCGUACUUCACUACGGUGAUGAGUAUCAUGAGAGCGAACUAUGUGGCCUUCCCAAUUUCUCCCCGUAAUUCUCCGGAAGUCGUCGCCUACCUUAUCAGCAAAGUUGCAGUCAAGCACAUUCUGGUGGGCCGCGAACAAUCAAUGUUAGAUCUCGUUAAAUCCGCGCUCGAUAUCCUUGAAACACAAUAUCCUUCUGCUACCACUCCAGAAAUGUCACCAAUGCUACUCUUCGAGGAGCUAUUUCUCUCCACCGCAGAGGCUGUUCCCGCUGAUGGCUUGGUGUACGACAAAUCCAAGGGGUCGACAGCUUUCCCUAAGCCUAUCCCUGUGACUGCCAGUCGUUUGGUAGCCUAUUGUUUGAUACCGUGGUUUGGCGGGCGUGAUCUCACCAACCAGGUCCUGUCCUUGCAUGCAAUGCCGAUGUACCAUGGUAUGGGCUUGCUGCAGCUCUCUUGGACGGCUUCAUGUGGUCUUGUUGCAAGCACUUUCGAGCCCAAGUCCCCCUCCCCUGUGCCUACACUAGAUGCCCUUUUCAAAGAUGCCAAGGCGACGAAUAGCGACAUUAUUUUCUGUGUUCCGUCUUUUAUCGAGGCUUGGGCUCGUGAACCUGAUUACGUUAAAUGGCUCGCCACCCGUGGGGGGUUGUUCUACGGUGGGGGUCCUUUGAACAAGGAAGCGGGAGACUUCCUUACUUCACAGGGUGUCUCUAUCUUCAUUCUGUACGGCUGCUCUGAAGGUGGUAUCAUGAGCCCCGUCCUCCCGGCUACCGUUAGUUACGACUGGGAGUACUUCACCUUCCCAAAGCUUGUAACUCCCAAAAUGGUGCCGAAUGGUAACAACACCUUCGAGCUCGUAACGGUGUCGAACGAAUACCAUCAGCUCAAUGUGUUUAAUACGAAGGUCGAUGGUCGGGAUGCAUAUGCAACGUCAGACCUGCUCGCCCCUCACCCUACCAAACCUGGUUAUUGGCGAGUUUUCGGACGUACUGAUGAUCAGAUUAUGCAUAAUACAGGAGAGAAGACGAAUCCUGGGCCACUAGAGAACAUUCUCAACCAGGACCCACAUGUACAGUCAUCAGUGAUGUUUGGCCGUGGCAGAUUCCAAGCCGGUAUUCUCGUAGACCCGAAGAUAGAGUUCAAAUUCGAUCCUGCCGAUGGUGUCAAACUCGCGGCAUUCAGAAACAAUAUGUGGCCUACGGUGGAGCGGAUGAACACAUUUGCUCCUCAGCACUCCAGACUAUUCAAGGAGAUGAUUUUGGUGGCGAAACCUGCAAAACCAUUCACGUACACUGCCAAGAACACUGCGCGUCGUCAAGCUAUCAUCAAUCUGUAUGAGGAUGAAAUCAGUGAGGCAUACAACUUGGUGGAGGAAAGCGCGCAAGACAACAUCCCUGUCCCUUCUCACUGGGAUGUAGUCGCAACCCAUGAAUUCGUCCGUGCGGUUGUGGUCAAGGUCCUUGGCCGAAAUAUCGACGAUGACGAUGACUUGUUUCAACAUGGAUGUGACAGUCUGCAAGCAACGUGGAUACGUAACACAAUCUUGCGUGGAUUGCGGGACUCCGCCCAGUUGGAUGUCCGUCGGAAUUUUGGAAACUUCGUCUACGAAUAUCCUUCCAUCGCACGCCUCUCAACUUACAUCUCGGCGCUGGCAUUCGGAACCGACGAGAAUGCCGAUAUUUCUCUGGAGAACAAAGUGGACACAAUGCGUGCGAUGGCUGCUAAGUAUAGUGAGAACCUGCCGAUGCACCAGCCUAUAGCUGGCAUAGCGCCACUGCAGACGGGAGACGUCGUGCUGUUAACGGGAACAACGGGCAGCUUGGGAUGCCAUAUUCUAGUCCAGCUGUCUCUGGAUCCUCAGAUAUUGCGUAUUUAUGCCCUAAACAGAGGGAGCAAGUCUGGGGUGGCCCUCCUAGAAAGACAGAAGAUAGCUCUGCUCGAGCGCGGACUGGAUGCUGCAAUUUUAGAUUCGGCUAAGGUUGUCCUACUUGAAGGCGAUCUGACCAGCUCCUACUUCGGGGUUCCCGAGAGUGUCUUUAAGAAGAUGCACCAGUCUGUGACGCAUAUUAUACAUAAUGCUUGGCGUGUCGAUUUCAAUCUCUCCCUUGUAUCGUUUGAGUCAAAUGUGAAAGGGUUGCGUCAUUUGAUUGACUGGGCACUGUCGUCGCCUUUCCCCAAGCCACCGCUGUUAAUAUACACCAGCUCCAUUGGUGUCUUCCAAAACCUUCAGGCCAAUGGUAUUCAGGCUGAAGCUGCGAUUGAGCCAAAUGCUGCUGUCGGCAGUGGUUAUGCAGAGUCGAAGUGGGUUUCUGAGCAGAUUUUAUCUGAAGCCGCAGCCAAGACGACGUUGAAGCCUGUGGUUGUUCGUGUCGGCCAAGUCACUGGUGGGGUGGAUGGUGCUUGGAAUGUGAACGAAUGGUUCCCUUCCCUCGUUCAGACCGCCGCAGCUAUGGGGUAUUUCCCAGAUGACACCCGGGAUGUAAACUGGAUACCGUCGGAGUAUGCUUCCCGGGCGAUUGCGGACUUCCGCAGGGCUUCGGAAGGAAAUUUGUUUGUUCAUCUGAAUCAUCCGCGUCCAGUCUCUUGGUCUUCACUCGCUUCGGUCAUCUCUUCCGAACUCUCAAUCAAGCUAAUCUCUUAUGCUGAGUGGCUCACUAUGCUCCAGGAAGGUGCUCAGCUGUCGUCCGAAGGCGGUUCAGGCAGGGUGGAUGUUGCGUUGUUGCAGAAGUACCAUGCCCUUCGACUACUCCCCUUCUUUAAAAGAGUCGCGCCGCUGGCAAAUGGAGCGCUGGCUAUGGGUUUCCCUAAUCUCUCCAUCAAGCAUGCUAUGGCAUCGUCGCCGACGCUGGCUGACCCCCAGAUUCGCAAGCUGGGCCCUGACGAUUCAUGUCUACUUCCGCGCUGGGAGUCACCACGAUCAUACAAUCCUCGGCCAAGCACCCCCCCCAUCCUAACUGCCAGCAAGAUCACUCCCGCUGUUGCUCAUGCAUGGGAGAACACCUGCCUCCAGUAUUUUAAACACAAUGAUGUCACCAAUGAUAAGAAGGUGGCCAAGGUUACGGGCGGCUUCCAGGACACUAUUAUUAGCGACUGGUAUUACAACGACUCUGACAUCUUUGACGCAAUGAUGUGGAAAGAUUUCCUUGCCGCUUUCCAUUCUCGCUUCCUCCCCAAGGGGUGGGACUUGGCCGUUCUGAUGCAACUACUUUGCACUCAUCAGAAGGAAGAUGAGAGUUUCGAAGAUUGGGUUUUCAGCAUGGAGAAGCUGAACACCACUCUCUGCGGUAUAAACUCUCAUCUCGAUGAUGCCCGCCUCUGCGCCCAGAUCUCUGCCAAUGUCUGCAAAGAUCUUCGGUUCACCUGCGACAAAGACGAGGUCAAGACCAUAGCCUCAUUCAAGGACUGGAAAGACAAACUCACCCAGCUCGACACUGUCCGUAUGCGCAAACAAGCGCACAUUCUCCGCAUCACAGGCGCAUCUGCAUGCACCAAAGUCCCUCUGCUAACUAUGACCAAGGGGAACGCCUCCCACCCCAAAGGUCCAAAGCUUCCCCCGCUCACUGAUGAAGAAUUGAAACUCCUUCACGACAACGACGGAUGUUUCAAAUGUCGCAAAUUCUUCGUCCUCGAGAAAGAAUGCGGGCGUGACUGUUGA